AUGGACGGCCAGCGGAAUGCGAGACAGCCAGCCCAGGCAGAUUUUAAUAAUUGCUUGCUUACUGGUCUCGUUGAUCUCUCCACUUCGUUCCGAGGAUGCUGGUUCAAUAGUGUUGUGUUCCUGAUCCAUCUACCAGAGUUGACGGCGCUCAUCCGCAUCCUUGUCUUUGCUCAUCUUUUUUCGUCCGUCUCUUCGUCUUCGUCUUCGUCUUCUUGUCUUUUCGUCUUCUUCGUGUCUCUUUUUUUUCUUUCACGAGCCGAGAAGAAGCCGAGGGCUACUUAG